AUGGCAACGUCUGUGGCAGGUCAGCCCUUGCUCCGACUGGCUUCUGAAGGGACUGCAGCUAAUUUCUGGCACAAAUCAUGCCACCAGCCGUACCUCUCCUGCUACAGUGACGUGGAGGCGGCCCAGCGACCGUGGCGAAGGACAGGGCUAAAGCCCCCCGUCCCGGCGGCCCUCGGGGUGCUGCUGGCCUUGGCCUUGCUGGCCCUGGCCCGCCUGCCCCCAUCGCUGGACUGCUCCCCCCACCUGCCACCAGCAUCGUCCCCCCCCGGUCCCCGGUGGGAGGCAACCACCCCCCUAUCUGGGGGACAAGCCCGCAGCGAAAGGCCCCCCAUGCUCCCUGCUCGCCUGUGGCAGGACCAGCCUCCUGGCCGGGGCAGGAGGCAGCGGCAAGGGGUGGUGGGGGAUGCCCCCCUGUGGUUCUCCAAUGACGACCUCCAGAAGAUGCAGCUGCUGGCCAGUGGGCGGGUGGUCUCCAAAACCCGUGUCCCAGCCCACGGGCAAGUCCUGCGAGUGGGGCUGCGGGCCAUGGGGGAUGCUGAGGGGGACGCCUCGCCAGCCAGCCCAGAGGGGGACUGCCGGGAGGGGCGCUGCGGGCUCAUCAAGCGCCCCGGGGACCUCUACGAGGUGCUGGCCUUCCACCUGGACAGGGUGCUGGGACUGAACCGCAGCCUGCCCGCCGUGGCCCGGCGUUUCACCAGCCACCUCCUGCCCUACAGCUACACCGACGGCUCCCUGCGCCCCAUCAUCUGGUGGGUGCCCGACCUCCGGCACCUAGAGGAUGCUAACAAUGACCAAAACUCCUGCGCCCUGGGGUGGCUGCAGUACCAGGAGAUGCUGCAGCCCCGUGGACCGACACUGGUGGCCGGGGAUGCUCCCUGCUCCAGCAUCCCACGUGGCGAGUGGAGUCGCCUGGCCCUCUUCGACUUUCUCCUCCAGGUUCAUGACCGCCUGGACCGCUACUGCUGUGGGUUUCAGCCCGAUCCCUCCGAGCCCUGUGUGGAAGAGAUGCUCCACGAGAAGUGCCGAAACCCGGCGGAGCUGGUCCUGGUCCACAUCCUGGUCCGGAGGAGUGCGCCGUCCCGCCUGGUGUUCAUCGACAAUGCGGGUAGGCCCCAGCACCCCGAGGAGAAGCUCAACUUCAGGCUCCUGCAAGGCAUAGACAGCUUCCCGGCGGCGGCGGUGGCCACGCUGCGGUCGGGCAGGUUGCAGAGCCUGCUGCUGGAGUCGCUGCGUGUGGACCAGGAGCUCUGGGAGAGCCAGGGCGGCGCUGAGGGCCUGAGACCCCUGCUUCGGACCAUCGACAGGCGGGCACGCAUUUUGCUGCAGUACAUCCAGGAGCACAACCUGACGGUGUUCGGGGACUCGCCCUGCUGA